AUAUUCUUGUGUUUCUAGUUGCCGAAUUUCUUUUUGAAGCCGCACGAUUAUGGGAUGUACUCUCCAAAUGUAGAAUUCAUCAGCCAGUUUCCAAGGAUAAAAACAAGGGGUCGUACCACCUAUCAGGCAGUUGUGACGUUGCUUCGAUUUAUUGCAUGGAAUUACUGUGCGGACGUUCACAUGGAGGUUAUGAAAAUGACACAGCAUCCUGAGAACUGGACCAUCCAAGUACGCUGGAGAAUUACAGGACUCCCGCUCCAUGUUUUGAUAUUGAAAUUUUACAAGAAAGACAAGACUGAACUCUAUAGAACCUAUGAUGCAUAUUCCACAUUUUAUUUGGGACCUGAUGGACUUAUUCAUCGACACAAGGUCGACAAGAUGAUGCCAACCCAACCCCCACUUACCAAGGUGAAGACGCUGCUUGUCGGGGCACUGGUUGCCCUUGGAUUGGAAGAACACCGCCCGGCGUUGAAUCUGCUGCUUGCUCAGUCUGCUGGCAAAGUGGGGGAGAAGCACUGCUGAGAGCGCCAAAGAGGGAGGGGUGGGGGGAGGGUUUUACGCUGUCAGGAACACACAUGCCGAGUUUGCUCGCUCGCCUGCUGGCAGUUGCUGCGCCUUGCACAUAUCCAGGUUCCUUCAGUCGUCGCAUGUCUUGAUGCAUUUGGAAACCCCACCCACUUGCGCCCCUCUGUUUCGCUCCCUUUGAACUGCUUUUGCACUGUACAUAAAGUGGUGGAGAGAAUGCAGCAUUAGGCUGCCUGGAGAGUACAUACUGUCAGGUGAGCCAUGUGUAAAAUAGUAUGACCAUGGUACAUUGUGUCUCUUAAUUUCCGUCCGAAUGAUUGUGAACUCUAGUAGAGUAAGGCAUCAGUGGGUUGAAUUUUCUUUGUUGUUGGGAGCAUAUUUCUAGUUGUCCAGAUGACCAUAUCAAAAAUGUCGGGUUUGUUCUGUUCCUCGGGCUGUUGGAUUUCCUGGAAUGCAUGAGGGACAAAGUGUGUGGCCUUCCCAGAGCCUAUUCAUGGCUCCCCCCAUCACCUAACUUUGCAGAUAGAAAAAAAAUCAAUGGGAUUCGAUGGAGGGCUUGCGGAGCAGGAGCGGGAGGUGGGUUUGGGGAAGGUAGAGGGUGGAGAACUGGGGUGUGGAAUGCUGCAUUUCCUCUUGAUUGCUUUUGCCACGGCCCCAGCUGCAGCAGGCGGAAAACUUGCCUCACUGAAUCUGAAUUCUGCUUCCUCCCAUCCGCAAUUCGCCUGCAGUCUCUGCUGCAUUCUGGUUCAUAUUGGAAAAUAAACCCGAUGCAAAGGCAAAUUAUUGCAGAUGCUAGAGAUCUAGACAAGCAAGACAUACUCAGUGGUUCAGGUGGCAUUUAGAGGGAGAGCACUUGACCCUUCAGCUCAGUGGCCUUUUAUCAGGGAGGAAGACUUUUUUAUUGUUCCUGGGUAUUCUUGAUUGCCUGGGGUAGAAGAGGAUAAACAUUCCUGCCUGUAAAGAAGCCAGUUUGUGAUUCUCCAUCAGCUUUCUCUCUCUGUCUUUGUCUUCCCAAAGAUGCUGCUUGACCUGCUGAGUAUUUCCAGAAUUUUCUCUAAUUGUCCCUUUAAUUACAUGACUGCAUUGAGGGGUACUAUUAUGAGAAUAGAAGAAGCACACAGAUUCAUUGCUUAGUAAUUUCUUAAUGGGCAGCAAUCCUUGUUUUUAUUUUUCACUUAUUCAUAUCACUGAAUGGAUCAGUUUGGUUUAGUUGUGGUCCCAGCCUUUGAACAUGUAACCUCAGCCUGAUACUGCAGCGUAAUUUACUGAGAAUAUUGCUUCAUUAAUGUUGGUUAAAUUGCACGUUCUAGUUCAGGUGGCUGUCAAAGACCCUGAGAGACUGGGAAGGCUCCCUGAAUUGAAAAACAAAAAUUGAUCAUUCAUUUCAUUACUGUUAGUGGAAUCCCAUUGUGUGCAAAUUUGCAAGUGUAUGAGCAACACUUGUUGCACUUAGGAUUUUAGCCAUAGAUUCAAAUUCCAUUAGAGACAGGCAGGAGCUGAGGCCCCCAGAGCAUUAUUGAGACAAUACUGUUAUUGGAGAGUGCAAGGACCUUUUGGGUACAAUGUUAAACAAAGGUCUAUCUGUCCACUUGGGUAGGUCCUGUCAUGUCACUGAGAAGAGAAGCAUGGGGGUUCUCCUUGCUGUUCUUAGGGAGUGUUUUUUUUUUCCCCUCGUCUGAUUGCACUGAACAAAUUAUCUGGCUGCACUCUAUCUUUAUUUUAAAGAUUUUGCUGUGCCCAAAUUGGCUGCCAGCUUUCCAUACAUUGAAGCAUUAUCCAUGGGCAGUUAAAGCACUUCGUGUUGUCCUGAGGAUGUAAAAGUUGCAUCUUCUACUUCUCAGCCACACUUGCACUUCCAUUUGAUUUUGUCCGUUGGGGUUGUCGUUUGUUCUUGGACUGCUUUAUGAAAGGGAUGGGUUUUGCUUAAUGCAGUGCUGUGGGGGAUUUGAGAAUAUACAGCAUAAUUGAACCUUUUUAAUGUAGACCUAAUUUAAAAUUCUAGUAGAAGAUAAGGCAAAAUUGAGCAAAUGUCCACUAUGUAUAUGCUGCAAUAUGUUCCAGUGUUUCAACACUAUUCAGCCGUGCUGUCUUAGCGGUGUUCAGGAGCUGAUUCCUUGUCAACCAGAGAUGAGAGGUUUAAUUGUUUAAUUAAAAAACCCCCACUGUUUUCUUAAAUAUCACAGCAGCUCGAUGUUUGUCUGAAACAGAAUCAUCUUAGGCCAUGAUACUUUUCACUCUGUCCUGUCAAUUCUGUACUGACAGUGUGGCCUUGACUGAAUCUGUAAUCUGUCUUCAGAAUGUUGACUGAACUGAUUCUGUGCACCAGAAAGUAAAUAACAUGUAAGUGUCUUGGCAAAAAAAAAUUGUUGCCAUUUGGAAUAGAGCAAGCAAGUUAUUUUCCUCCCUUUUCCACAUCAAAGUACUUUAGCCAAUUUGACAAGGAACAAAACUUCUAUAUCUAAAUAGUUAACAGAUUUGUUUAAGAAGAAUUGCUCCUGAGGUCCUAGUGUGUUACUGACUGGGAAGCUAGUCUCUGUAGUCUUCCUGAUGCAAACCCACAGCUGGGUCAGAGAGAAAUCCUGCAACUUUUUCUUGAAGGUGUCACCUACUUGGCUGUAUGGCUUUCAGUGAGUUGAACUGGGUGGUGAUAAUGAUGGGAAUAUUUGAUAGCAAUGAGGGAGUGUUAAGGACAUCAUAGCUGAAGCUACCUGACAAAUUAUUCACUUUACACUGUUUCCAACUGUUGGCUUCAGAGCUGAGGCCCUACCAUAUACCAUUGGCGGUGAAUGGGAGUGUGUGUUAUGGUUGACAAUUAACCCCUUCCCUUCCCCACUCCCCAAGCUAGUCCAGAAACGUGGAGGCUUAACAUACCUCAUCUUGUACAUCCAGUUGAGAUUAGCUAACAGCUCAGUAAGAUUUGUCCUUAAUUGUGUUCAAGUAUUUGUCUACUAGACAUAAAUGGAUAAAUUGUGUUUUUGUUGACCACUUAUGGCUGUGUUUUUUUCCUAUAUACAUGUUUCUUGAGAGCUGAUCUGAAUAUAUAAAAGAAUAUAUUGGAGGGAGCGCAAGGUGUGAAUUACCUUGGAGGAACCGAUUUAGAUAUUGGCCUUAAACAUGUUUUACUCUGCCUAAAUGCUAAUUGCUAAGUUGGCAAUUCUGUCCAGUGUUGAUCCUAAUGGGCUAUCUUUCUGUGAGGAAAAGUGCAUGGCUUUUGUCUUGAUGUCUGUUUCUGUGCUGGGAUUAGGUUGAUUAUGGGCAAUUGGAUGAAGUAUAUUCAUGCACUGUAUUCCUGAGCAAAGAACACUUCAUUAAUUUAUCAUUUUGGCUGGAAUGGUGGGUGGUGGCUUCCAUUUGAACACUCCUGAUGUUUUGCAAUUCUCUUCCUGUAGCUGCAUUCUAACCGUAAUUGGAUCCUUUAUAGGAAAGGGUGAGGCAGUAUUUAUCUCUGCCUCAAACAUCCAACUAUUUACUUGGCUGCUGAAUGCAUUAUCUAAAAGAGUAUUUCAGAAUUACAAGGUCGCAAAAUAUUUCUGUUUACGCCUGUCGCUUUGUUGCGGUUGAACUGAAUUUCACUUAAUUUCUGUGCUAGCGUUUCUUUUAAAAAAAAUCUACUUCCUUCUAGUUACAUGCCUUGACUCUCAACCAGACUGAAUUGAAUCCCUUAAGCUCGAAUCCCUUGCCAAGUUUAGAUGGAAUUGAAAAUUACAAAUGUGAAGUGGCUUUCAAUGUUCCCUGAAGCCGAAUAAAAGCAUUAAGACAGUAGGCAGUGUCACUAGUCUUUUCUUGCUGAGUGAGUACUCCCAAUUGUCAUUAAGUUGAAUUGAUACACAACUGUUGGAUUUUAUAGGCUAUCUAUUGUUUGUUGAACAUUUUCUACUUUGUGGGUCUGUGCAGAAUACACAGUUCCUGUGCAUUCUCAGGAAUCGCUGUGGAAAUCUUGUUUCCCUUGCCUCCCAUCUGUUUAAUCUCAGUGAUAUAGAGUGAGGUGCCUGUACUGAUCAGACCUGAGGGACUCUUUGUUGUAGUUAUAAAAAUCUUUUUCACUGCUUAGAGCUUGAUUGAUCAAGAGCCUUACGGUAGAGGAAUCAUGCUCCCUAUAUUAAUCAUAAUGGCUUAGAGUUUGCAGUUGUAAUGAUAGCAAACCUGUGGACAUUUACCCUUGUUACUAAAACUGACAGCUGUUUCUAGAGACCCCGUAUGGACAGAAUAAUGUGGAAAUUCAGAAGUUACUGUCAAUGAUUUUACACUUCCUCCCAGGCUGUGCAGUUUAAGUCUCACCCAGACUAAAAUCAAGGAAAAAAAAAACUUGCAAUGUGUCUCUUUAUACUACUAGUCUUGUUUAAAAAAUACCCUUGGUGUUACUGAGUUUCUAAUGGCCUAUGAAGUUCAUAAUUACACUUGAACUGUUUCGUUAAAUCUGAAAAUAAUACUAUUUGUGACGUGUAAAAUUUAUCCAUUAUGAUUUUAAAAAAUCAAAUAAUCAGUUUCUAUCUUGACCUCACGAUCAGUUGCUGUACAAAUAAUUGAUCAAAAUGAACAACCUAGUGCAUAUUGCUUACUGGUUUGCUGUCUGUGAAUAAUUCAGUUUGCUUGGCUGAUUACUUUGGUUUGGCUCCAGGUUCACAGUGAUAUUGGGAAAAGGGAAAUCUGCUGUCCGCACAUUGUGAGAUUUUUGUGAGCAGCCGCUUUUAAAAUCAGCGGCAAGGAGAGUCUCUGCACCCAUGAUCGUUAAAACAGGCCAUUGAAACCCCAGUGGAGGGAGUAGUGCAUUUGCAGCAGGGGUUUCAGUAAAACAAUUAAUUUCAAUGAUUAAAGAUAGUUGUUUUGAAUUUUUUAAAACCUUUGAUCUGACACUGUUUAUUGAGUUCUCCUUUGGUGGCUAAUUUUCACCCAACUGCAUUUGUGUUUUCUCGAGAACGUGCAAAGACUGUCGGCUUGUUUUUGCAUUUCCUCAGGUAUGUGAAUGGGCUCAUGCCCUGUCAAUUAUUUUCUCUGAAUCUGCUAACUUUGGUUUUGUGCAGGAUGCUGGUAUUCUCGCGUUUUUUUUUUCCUAUAAUUGGUUAAUUUUAGCCACUCAUUCCCAUUGCUAUUUCUCUCCAGCUCUGCUGAUCCCUGGACCUUGUGCUUAGUGCAUUUCUGCCAGUGCAACAACAUCCUGGUCAUCUGUGUCUCCAGUAUCCUCUCUCUGAUUUAAGCACUUAACCAUGGCAAAGUUGUUUUUCAUAGGAGCUCACAGAUUUAUGUUGGUGUAGUAGCUUCCCAUAUUGAGCUGUACCCAAGGUUGGUUUUCUGCCGAAACUAAAUGGACCAAUGUUGAGGUAACUCCACUGUCUAAUCAUUAUGAAGUAGAUACAGGAUUGGAUGUAGCUGUCAUUUGCAGAGGACUAUUAUUGUCCGCCACCUAAUGUGUCUGUGAAUCUCUGGCAUUGUUUGCAAUUGCUGCAAUCAUUUAUACAGAUGAUGCUUUCACAGUGGUGGUGGUUGGGUAGGUAGUGAAAUCCAGUAUGGUGUACAACACUGCAGAAGCCAAGUCUGGAUGAUGUGGCUUCAGAGCUCAACUUGAAGAUGCUGGUAUUCCCAAGAGUUCAUGGUUUUUCCUAUAUUGGUUAAUUUUGGCCAUUCAUUCCCAUUGCUAUUUCUGUCCAGCUCUGCUGACCACCUACUGGAAUACAUUCUCCAGAAAUCACCUCUCCCUUCAAAAGCUGUUUUGCUGUUAGGAACGUCAAGUGGAGGGAGGUCAUAGCAAUUUUACAAUGGUGUUGCUACUGGUGACCAGAGCAUUAAUUCUCUCCUGUAUUGUGGAGGGUUUUGCUGACCAGGCUAGCAUCAAUUGCCCAGUUGCCUAUAAAGUGGAGGUGACGAGCCCCUGUUGUGAAACACUGUGGAUUACAUGGCGAAGGUGCUGCCACAAUGGUGGCACUGAGGUCCAUUUUUAGUGGGGAAAAGGGAUAUUGUCCUGAUAAUUUCAAAGACUGGCUGACAAAAUACCAUUCAAGACAGUUUCCAGUAGCACUUGAAGUAACAAAAGAAAAUGCAGGCUUGUCACCAAAACAAAGACAGGUUCUUGUUUCAUUGCUAGACUCCUGCUUAGAACUGAGUCAUUGAAGGGCAAGCCCCAGAAAGUAAUGCAACCUUUCCCUUGAAUGAGGCUGGAAGGCUUUGGCCAGUGCUUUACUAUUUGGGCCGGAUUUCUCCUGUUUGCUGGAGGACUGAAAGUGCAAAAAUUAUCUGAAAAGUACAAAGAACAUGUUUUAUGAACCUGCUGUGUUGGAAAAGCUAGAUUUUUUUGAUUAAGAUUGGUUAAAAUAAUCAUAUGUGAAAUUAAUCUGAAGUGGUCAGUGCUGAAGAACUGUUGUCACUUGCUCUCGUUCAGAAUUCCAAUUCAGAAUUUAAAAAAAGGAUUUCGGCUUUAAUCUGAAAUCAGUAAAACCAUGCUGGAAAUGCUAAGUAGGUCUGCUAGCAUCUCUAAAGAAGGAAACAACUGAUGUUUCAGGUUAGUGACCUGUCAUGACUUUAGCUUGUUGGAUUGGCACCGUGCACUUAACCCACUGCUUCACUUUAGAUACCAAACAAAAGAGUCACUGAUCUUCAGCAAUAUGUCACGUCUGUGGGGCUUGGCAUUGUGACUCACGUAGAUCAAAGCCUGGAGACUAAAGUUUGGAAAAGUAAAUUUUUUAGGAAAGAAAAUGGCAAACAGAAGAAAUUUGAACUGAAUAGGAAAGCACUGGCCAAAGCCGUCCAGGUUCUUACAAGGAAAAAGGUUGCAUGACUUUCUAUUGUCUGCCUGACAAUAGGGUACUAUUGAUGUCAGUAGAGCUGUUGUGGAGGAGGUAGAAGUUGCUCAGCUCCAAAGCUGUAUAGAGCUGCUCACGCUGGAAUUCAUGCUUAUUUAUCAGAAAGCAAAUAUGGAAUACUUGAUUUGAUUUUGAUUUGAAUGAUUUGUUGUCGCGUGUAUUCGAUGUAAAAAUACAGUGAAAAGUGUGUACCUUUGCCGUACAUAGGUGGCGCCAUUCACAUUAACUUAAUAAGAUAAGCAAAAGAUAACUUGAGAGAGUUCAACUUUCCACUGCCAUAGCCCCACUCGGGGCUUUCCAGCCCUUUUCAUACCUCCGCCACAGUCCGUCUCGGCAGCCUCACUGGCCCGCGCAUUCAGCUCCUGCCACAUGGUUCCCAGUCGUGACUCAGCUCCUUCCCGACUCCUUGGGUAGUUAAAAGGGGUCGGGAGAGACCGAAUCUCUACCUCUGUAGUAAGAAGAGAGGGCAGAUUAAAGGACAGAGAAAGAGAACUGGCGAGCAGAAUGGAGCUCUGAAUGGAAUAACUUACCCUGCCUUAUCACAUGUUCAAUCAAAGUCUGUGUCUCCACAUGUUGAGUGGCGCAUGGUUUCCUCUCCUGGUGAAUAAAGCCUCACAGCCUUGGGUAGGGUGGUACCUGUUGCCUCUAUGGACAAAAAUUAGCUGUGUUCUGCAUGGAUGCAUGCUUUGUUACUGUUGUGAACUGAUUAUGGCCUUCUCUGUAAUUAUAAACUGUAUAUAGUUCUACAUAAUAUUUAAGAAAAUAAAACUAAUAACAAAUUUCUGACUUAA